UUGCAUGGGGUUUGCUGUUAUGAGGGAGCUAGAGAGCUACCGGGACCAAAUGAUAACCUUCAAACGGCUUUAGGCCAAGUCGAAGAAAACCAACACUGCGUGAUACCCGGAUCCGGUCACCUACUAUCGCUCCGUAUCUCUACGCGUGUAUUUGCCAGGAUCAAACAAACGACUCUCAACAGAUGGCUUACGUAAAAGAAAAACAAACAUGCAGACAGUUUGAGUUGAAGAGAUGGUAACAGAGAGAAGGCAAAACGGGAACAUAAGCGCACUUCACACUCCGAGCCUUGAUAAAAGACUAUUUUAAUUUUAGUCCAACAUGGAGCUAGAUCUGUACGGACUGUUUGAGCAAAACAACACAUUCGACUACAGUGAUUAUGAAUACAAGGAGGAGGGCUGCCCAUCUAGCAAAGUGUCUGGAACCAUGGCAGUCCUCAUUCCCUUUCUUUACUCCGUGGGGCUCUUAUGGGGAUUGCUAGGAAAUGGACUCAUACUGGUAAUACUGUGGCGAAAAAGAUGGAACUUUAGUGUGAUGGACAUCUUCGUCCUCUAUCUGGGCAUAGCGGACAGUCUGCUGUUGCUGACAUUGCCUCUGUGGGCUGUAGAUGCGGUGAAGGGGUGGAUCGUUGGCACAGGAUUCUGCAAACUGGCUGGAGCUUUGCUCAAGAUCAAUUUCUACUGUGGCAUCUUCUUGCUGGCCCUCAUCAGCCUUGACUGUUACCUGUCCAUCAUCCGUAGUGUUCAGAUGUAUUCUCGCAAAAAGCCUCUGGUGAUUCACUGUUGCUGCGGGAUCGUCUGGUUCUUGUGUCUGCUACUGUCCAUUCCCGAUUGGAUCAAUCUGAAGGCCAUCAGUGAUCAAACCGAUCAUGGUAAAUGGGAAUGCAAUUACUCUUACUCCUCUGAUUCCUGGCGUCUUGCAUCGCGUUUGCUACAUCUUGUUGUGGGUUUCACUCUACCGGCACUAGUAAUCCUCUUCUGUUGUUCCUGCAUUCUUCUAAACCUACGCCAGGCCUGCAAUGGCAUCCAGAAGAAGAAGGACAAAAGGACACAUGUACUUGUAGCCCUGGUGCUGGCCUUCUUCAUCAGCUGGACACCCUACACCAUUGCCCUCAUUGUAGACACUGCUCAGCCAGUGGAUAAUGUCUCCACAACAGGAGCAGAAAGGUGUGAUGGAAGGAGAUGGACCGCUAGCAAAGCAACAGAUAUACUAGGGCUUCUUCAUUGUGUUGUCAAUCCUGUGAUUUACCUUUGUCUCUCCAAAGAGUUCAAGCGACGCACUCUGGCUUUGGUCAAGUUCAGUGGUUGUGAUACAGACAGCAAUGAUGUUUCCCUUUGGGACACAGUGGGGGUAAAUGAUAGCACUAAUGUCCAAGAGAAGGAACAAGGUUCACUUCAGCUUAUGAAUGGAAUUACACAAACAAACAAAACCCAGGAUCAGGAUAAUUAAAAGUAGCAUCUGUAUUUUCUAAAUAAUUAAAUUUAUUUUAUAUAUAAUUUAUUUAACAUGUAAGCAUAUAGUGACUGUACAAUUCCCAAUGAUAGUCCCUCCCCGUUUUGAGGAAUUUUGUUUAUGGAUGAUAAAGGAAGAAUAAAAAAAGGACAAGAAAUGCUAACCAACUGUUAUCUAAUUUCUCACAAUGCUGUUGUAUUUAUAAUUUUUUUUUUUGUGCCUUAAGUGUUUUGGAAUAGUGUUGUUAAAAACUGUUAUCAUUGGGAAUGGAUUACACCCACUACUAGUGGUUUGAUAAUCUUCGAUCGUACUUGUGUUUGUUGAUAAUAUUUAAAGUCUACUUUAAAUAUGUGUACUCUGUGAAACUAUAUUAGUAUGCUGAUGACAUUUAAGUACCAAUAACUAAAGCUGAACAGGCAAUGAUAUUUCAAUUUUGUGCUUCAAUCAUGUUACAGCUUGCUAUGUACUGUAUUUAUUCUUAAAUAUGAUAGUUCAUCCAAAAAUGGUAUUCCAAACCAAUAUUCUUCUGUGGUACAUAAAAUCUGUUUGACAGAAUAUAGGGACUGAUAUCCUCAGUUCUCAUUCACUUUUCAUUGUAUGGGAAAAAGAGCAUCAACAUUUAUAAAAAUGUCUCCUCUUGUAGUCAACGGAAGAAAGUCACAAGUUAAUGAAGACAGAAUAUUCAUUUUUGGGGGACUAUCCCUUCAAUGUUGUUGUCAGUGAGAAAUGUGUUUAAAAUUGUUCAAUUCAAUGUAUUUGUAUGGCACGUUUUUUCAUUUUUCAUGUUGUUCUACACAGCUAAAUAAAGAAAAAUGCCUGCAUACUCCCAGUGAGCAAGCCAAAGGUGACUAUAGCAGGAAAAAAUCCCUAAGAUAUAAUGUGAAAGUGUACUAUAACAAUUUUAUCAACACUAUCACAACACUAUUUCAGCUCCCAUGUUUGAUACCACUAAUUGUUCAUAGCUAUGACAUAUUGACUGUUAGAUUUCUAUAGGAAGUGGUUUCUGGGAGGUUGGCUUCUGUCACUUACAUAAGCGUUAAUAAGUGAAGGUGAAAAUAAUGCAAUUUUAUUAUAUUGACCUUGAGGUAAAUGUAAAUUGUUGUCAUGAGUAAAAAAACAAAAAAACAUUUAGGCUAUAAAAUGAAUUGUUUAUUAAUAUUUUAUUUGCAUAAAUGACUAUUCAUGGUGAAGUGAGAGAAUGAUGACAGGGUCAUGUGAGAUAGGGUCAUGAAGGGUUCUUUUCCCAUGUUACACAACCUUUCCUUUCCCAAGUGUUCCAGUCACAUACUUUUAGAGGAAAGUCCCUUUCUCCCUUUUUCCAUGGCACUGUAUGUGAAUGAUGAAAGAUUGGCAAAGGCCCCUGUUGGAAUUUUUAGGCACAUUUGCAGUUCUCAUGAGUGGAAUCCCCAUGAAAAGAGAUUACAGCAUGCAUGUGUACAGAGAGAAAGAGACUUACUUAUUUCCAAACUAUCAGACAAUCAACAGAGGCUUGAAUGUGCUUGUGAUCAAAGACGGUGCAUUUUGAAUGGAGUGACAUCCUAGAAAGAUUUGUUAAAGGUUCUUUGACUGCAAACAUUAAAAAAAGCCACAUGUCUCAGCACCCUACCCCAGUUCCUCAUUCUAGACAAUAUGCUUGCCAUAAAAGUCAUGAGAUCUGAUAUCAUAAAUAUUCCAUCACAUAGUUUUCCACAUGAGUCAUCAAUACAUGAACAAAAUGAGAGUAGAUAUUUUUGUUGUUUGAUGUAUUUGGAGAAUUUAAUCUCACUCUGUGGGAGGAAAUUGCAUAAGUUUUCAAGUUGCAAUGUGAAAUGUUCAUUUCCUGUCUGUGUGUGUUUGCAUGACUGGCAAUUUUACAGACAUAUUUGUAGUCAAAUCUUGAUGAUAGUCACAGAUAUAUGUAUUCAAACAGCCUAAAAAUAAAAAUUCUUGAAGA